CGCCUGGCCGGAGUCGGGCGGCAUUGCACGACUUGCCCUUUGGAUUUUGAGUCUCUCUCCCUCUCGCAGUUCCUGCCUCUGGCCAUGUCGGAAACCGCGCCUGCCGAGACGGCUGCCCCGGCGCCGGUGGAGAAGUCACCUGCCAAGAAGAAGGCGACCAAGAAAGCUGCGGGCGGUGGCGCGGCUAAACGCAAGGCCACCGGCCCCCCGGUGUCAGAGCUGAUCACCAAGGCGGUCGCCGCCUCCAAGGAGCGCAACGGCCUCUCCCUGGCCGCGCUCAAGAAGGCGCUGGCGGCCGCCGGCUACGACGUGGAGAAGAACAACAGCCGCAUCAAGCUGGGCCUCAAGAGCCUGGUGAGCAAGGGCACCCUGGUGCAGACCAAGGGCACCGGCGCCUCGGGCUCGUUCAAGCUCAACAAGAAGGCGGCCUCCGGGGAGGCCAAGCCUAAAGCCAAGAAGGCGGGCGCGGCGAAGGCCAAGAAGCCCUCCGGGGCCACCCCCAAGAAGCCAAAGAAGGCUGCGGGAGCCAAGAAGGCGGUGAAGAAAACUCCGAAGAAGGCGAAGAAGCCCGCGGCUGCCGGGGUCAAGAAGGUGGCCAAGAGCCCCAAGAAGGCCAAGGCCGCCGCCAAGCCCAAGAAGGCGGCGAAGAGCCCAGCCAAGCCCAAGGCUGUGAAGCCGAAGGCGGCCAAGCCCAAAGCCGCCAAGCCCAAGGCAGCGAAGCCCAAGGCUGCCAAAGCGAAGAAAGCGGCCCCGAAAAAGAAGUAGGAAGUUGGCCUUUGAGAAGGCAGCAAAACCCCAAAGGCUCUUUUCAGAGCCACCCAGAGAUUUCUGAAAAACAGCUGUACGCUCAGGUUGAACCCGUUAAGUUAAACCCUGCAUCUGCUCCCCUUUUCAGUUUUUCUCUCGAUUUCACUUGCAAAGAACGAGUUGGGGACUGAAUUUUAUUCAGCCCUUGUAUGUGGAUUACUUACGACUUUAUGGAUCGCCCGUAGGGGGCUGUACUGCAGCAAAGUAGUUUUUGCCUUUUUAAAAAGCCCGCGCAACAUCCCUAAUUGGUUCUUUUCCUGGGUAUCUUUGCAGGCAGGAGGAUCUUGAUUGGUACACGUAUUGAGAGCGCAGACGGGCUGGGCUUUAAAGUUACGUGGCACAUUAGGUUAGACCCUUAACUACUGUCCCAGCUCUUUCCCAGAAAUAGUGAGUGGCUCUGAAAAGAGCCUUUGGUUCGCAAGUUGCUAGGGAGACCUUAUUUGCCCUUGGCCUUGUGGUGGCUC